UAAUAUUAAUUUAUAGAUUCUCCAUAUAAACGGAAGUAGCAUCCUCAUCGCCCAUAAAUAGAUUUCUGUAUAUAUGGCGGUAGCAUCCUUUUGGUACAUCCUCUUUAUAUCCAAAAGAUAAAAGGAAAUAAUAGAGGGAAAACAAAUGAAAGUCUAUUAAUAUUUGUAUUGAGAAUAAUGUUUUCAUCCUUUUGGUAUGUAUUGGUACAUGCUCUUUAUAUCCGAAAGAUAAAAGGAAAGAAUAGAGGGAAAACAAAUGAAAGGACAAUGAAAGUCUAUUAAUAUUUGUAUUGAGAAUAAUAUUUUUUUUUCAUUAAAUUACAACCAGGCUUGAUUAUUUAAGCCUCUCUGUUUAGGCAAAUCCAGACAUCUGACUACGGCAAUUCAAAGCAAAUAAAAUGGAUGGGCCUCCCUCAUUUGCUGACUUAAGCAAGUCGGCCAACGAUAUCUUCAACGAAGGUUUCGGAUACGGCUUUGUGAAACUUGGCGUCAAGUCUAACUUGGCCAAUGGAGUGGAAUUCAACACAUCUGGAUCCUACGAAAAUAACGCCAACAAAUGUGCAGGUAGCCUGGAAACUAAACAGAAGAGGUCAGAGUACGGUCUCACCUUCACUGAGAGGGUGAACAGUGACCACACCGUUGGAGGUGGAGUGACUGUUCAAGAUCAGAUUAUCAAAGGACUGAUGUUGUCUUUAAACACCACCUUCUCACCAAAAACUGGCAUGAAGAGCGGCAAAGUCACAAUGGCGUACAAGCACAAGUAUGUUAACUUGGGCUGCGAUGUCGACUUCCCGUUCGCCACCUCUUCCAUCCAUGCCGUUGUUGGCUACAAGGGCUGGAUCAGUGGUUACAGGAUGAGGUUUGACAGACUGGAGAUGGUCCAGAACACCUUUGCCUUUGGUUAUAAGACUGGAGACUUCCAGUUGCACAGCAAUAUUAAUGAAGGAGCUGUGUUUGAAAGCUCCAUCUACCAGAAGGUGAGCGACAAGCUGGAGAUGGCAGUGAACCUGGCCUGGACCACUCACAGCACCAACACAUGCUUUGGCAUCGCAGCCAAGUACCAGCUGAACAAGGAGGCGUCCUUCAGUGUAAAAGUGGACAGCAGUUGCUUUGUUGGUAUCGGGUACAGCCAGAAUCUUAGACCAGGUGUCAAACUCACACUGUCCAGCCUGGUCAAUGGAAUGAACAUCAAUUCAGGAGAUAAAAAGCUUGGACUGGGCCUGGAAAUAGAAGUCUAAAGUUUUCCCUCACACUGCAAAAGGACUUGGGGGCGGGAAUCAGACCUUUAAAAUGUGUGUUCAUCUCAAACCAUCAAGGGAGAGAUUGUUUACAAUGCUCUACAACAAACUCCUCACUCGAGCACCACUUCAAGUUGGUGCUUCUGUUUUUGUUUUACCUUUGGUGCCUUUUGCUUUGUAGCUGCUUCUAUUCAUGACACAGUUGCUUAUUUAUGUAUGAAUGUAUGAAUGUCAUUGUUCCAAUACAAUACUGUGUUUGCCUGUCAUCAUUUAUGUCAGUGGUGUAAAGACCUGUUUGUUUUUGCAAAUAAACGGUGAAGACAUCGGUCA